CUACCCAAUUCAGAACCAAAAACCCCUCUUUUAUCUCUCUCUCUCUCUCUCCAAACCCCCUCUCUCUCUCUCUCUCGAUUCGAUCUCUUCAUCAAUGGCCUCCUCUGAUCACGACGUCGGAGUCGGCGGAAAAUUCCGAAAGCGCCCCUUCCGACGAGCUCCGACGACCCCCUACGACCGCCCCCAACCAGCAACCAGAAGGGGAAACCCUAACCCUAACCCUAACUCUAUUGGUAGCAACGACGGCUGGAUAUCUAAGAUCGUUAAUCCAGCUUCUAGAAUCAUCGCCGGAAGCGCCGCUAAGAUUUUUUCCUCGGUUUUCCAGAAGAGACUCACUGCCCCACCUGCUCGAUCCCCCCCAGAGGAAAACCUUCUUUCUGCGUGUGGAGCUCCUGAAACUAUGCAGAAAUUAUCAGAUAAAGCACCAGAGCAGGGUGUCCAUAUUGUACAGAAUGCUGCAAAUCUCUGUGACACUGACAUAACCCAGCAAAAAGCACUUUCUGGGACAGAUGGUUUUUUUGAACUUGAGCAGCGACUGAAGCAGAAAGUCUUCACAAGAGCAGAGGUUGACCGCCUGACAGAUUUACUCCGUUCAAGAACCGUAGAACCAAGCACAUCAAAACCAGCAGUUGAUUUUCAGCACGAGGAAAAGGUGAUUGUCAGAGACCAAGUACAGCACAACAAACAAUCAAUUAUAGAACCAAGUACAUCAUCACAUCCUGUAGUACGUAGUGAGCAAAAGGAAAUGGAACAUGAAGAUGGAAUGAAGUCCUCAAGUUUACAUGGGAAUAUUAUAGAUCUGGCUGCUAAUUUGCAGGUUCCUGAGGAAGAAGCCGUUACGCCGACAGAAAUUGCUAAGGAAUAUAUGGGCUCUAGACCUUCAAAAGUGUCUCCUUCCAGUUUGAAUCUCCGGAGUCGCAUACUUCAGGAAGAUUCGCCUUCAGUAAAGAAACCAUCUACAGAUUUACUUGCUUCCACACCUUCUGUUCGUUUUUCUGAAAUUUCAAAACACACUGUGAACGGCUAUAUUACUCCUAAAGCUCGUGGGAGAUCAGCAUUAUACAGAAUGUCUCGAUCUCCAUAUUUUAAGGUCCAUCAAACCACAAACACAAUGGGUGGCAGCGCGGCCAGGGAUGGCUUAUCUAGCUCCUCAAGGUCAUCUUCAUUAGUACCACCAAGAUUCCUUCUCUCCAGUGGCAAACAGGUAUUGAAAAGGGAGAAUUCAGUGUUGGAUAAUGACUCUGAAACAUUUGGUACCGUACGUAGGGUACGCCAGAAGUCCGAUUUGAUGUCUCCUAGUGAGAGAUAUGCCCCUCCUCCUGGUGUUGCUCCUGUCCCUCCCCAGUCAACUGAGAUGGCGAGGAAAAUCUUUCAAGAGCUUGACAAACUUGUUCAUUCUUCAAGAGAAAAAUUGUCUGAAACAAAAGGUAGUGGUAAUUUGGAUGCAUCAAGUGACUCUCCUCCACCAAGCCUGAGAAAUUCUAUCUCACUGGAGCAGGGCAGAACUAGAGAUAACACACCAUCAGAUAAAGCUGUGUCAGCUAUGAUUCCUUUGCGAAGAGAAUCAGUUUCUCCAAUGAGUGUGCCUGAGGAAUCUUCAGAGUUGGGUGCUACCAAGUACAACGUGGAAAGUGCUUCUAGAGUUCCCAUUAUUGGAAAUGAUAAACUAUUGGGGAAGUCCUCAGCAUAUCCAUCUGAAAAAACCACACCUGCUUCAAGUUCUAUGUUAGAAGGGCAGGCAGAUGGCAAAACUUUUGAUAGGACUGCUCCUGUAGAAGUAUCCCAGUCAUCUCCAACACCAAGAACACAACCUCCAUUUACGGACAGAUCAGUUACAAAUAAAGAAAUAUCUGCAUCUGCAUCUGCAUCUAAAUGGUUUCCAGAAGAGUUGUCUACCGCAACUGCUAUUUCUAGAUCUGCGAGUCUGAAAGCUGGUGCAAGCGUUAACACUACAGUAGGUGUAAUGGAAAGUUCAGCUUCAGAUAAAGGGAGUAAAACUCAGAAUGCUGAUGAUUUGUGCACGUCAUUUGGAAAUGGUACUUCCUCAGGCACAUCAACAUCAACAUCAACAUCAACUAGCUCUGCCUUAUUUGUAAUUCCAGCUUCUGGUCCAAGCCAGAGCAAUGGCACUCUAACGUCCUUCUCUUCCUUUCCGGUUUCUGCUGGCUCAUCUGCAGGAUAUUCUAGCAACACCAGCACCAUCCCCUGUUCUAGCACUCCAUCAGUAUCAACUCCAGUGAAUGGUGUCUUGACACUUCGUGCUUCAGCACAAUCCAGCAGCCCAAGCUCAACAUUUGCUCAAAACAAUUUCUCAAACUCGAGCUCUCAUUUUGGUGGAACAGCUGGAUCUACAUUUGGUGCUCAACCCCAAUCUGGAAGUGGACCCACGAGCUUUCAAUGUGGUUCCUUUUCUUCAGGACCGACAUUUGGGUUAAAUGCCUCUUCUUCACUCGAAUCAGCAAGCAAACCUUUUGGUUCGCAUGCUACUUUUUCUUCCAGCUCUGCCAGUAUUCCUUCCUUUGCAGCAACAGCUUCUACCAGCUUGUUCAACUCUAAUUCUCAGCCGUCCUUACCAUCCAACUUAGCUUCUACAUCUUUACAAUCCACGGGUUUUCCAUUUGGAACGGCAUCUUUCACUACAGGCAAUACAUCAGCUUCUCCAAUGCAAGGUGCUGGUUUUAAUUCGGGAUCUCCAGGAAAUGAUCGGAUGAACGUUGAGGAUUCAAUGGUUGAUGAUGUCAACGGAGCAGCUGCUCCUUCAGUCCCUAUAUUUGGCCAAACAGCCAACUCACUGCCGACUCCAACUUUACAGUUUGGAGUUCCAGCUGCUCCAUCAGGACCACCGACCUUUCAGUUUGGCAACAAUCAGAGUUCUAGUGUUCCUCAGAAUACCUCAGUCUUUCAGUUUGGUAGCAAUCAGAGUUCUACUGCUCCUCAGAACCCUUCACCGUUUCAAACACCUACCAGUUUCGAGUUUUCCGCUGGAGGAAGCUUUUCCUUGGGUAGUGGUGCUGGAGACAAGCCUGGCUUUUCCUUAGGAAGUGGUGCUGGAGACAAGUCUGGCCGGAGAAUUAUCAGAGUAAAACGAGAUAAGCGAAAAAAAUAGAGCGCGGGCUAUAUUAUGCGAUGGCAUUGAGUAACUAGGCAAAUUAGUCAUUUGUUGUCAUUUCCCCCGCCCCCUUUUCUUGUUUAGGGGUUUUAUUAUUCUUUCAAUUUUGGCUUCCUGUCCAAAGAAGUUUGUAUUUAUGUUGGUGUUUAUUAAGAACCGCCAAUGCAUAAUGCUUUUUGAAUGUACGCCUCCCCUGUAGUAUUAAAGAAAGUUGCCCCUUGA